AUGGCGCCGGUGCAAACGUUCGUGGCCAGCGGCGAGGCGACGGGGCCGCAGACAACGGGGUCGCGCGCGGGUCGUGCGACCAGUGCGCGGGGCGGGCAACGGGCGAACACCUUGAAGGGCAUUGCAGCGAGCGCCAUGGCAAAAGGGGAAAAGAAAGAAAACCGAAGAAGAAGAAGGAGAAGAAGAAGAAGAAGAAGAAGAAGAAGAAGAAGAAGAAAAGAAGAAGAAGAAGAAGAAGAAGAAGAAGAAGAAGAAGAAGAAGAAGAAGAAGAAGAAGAAGAAGAAGAAGAAGAAGAAGAAGAAGAAGAAGAAGAAGAAGAAGAAGAAGAAGAAGAAGAAGAAGAGAGAGAAGGGAGGAAGAGGAGGGAGGAAGAGGAGGGAGAAGAGGAGGGAGGAAGAGGAGGAGAGAAUAGGAGGAUUAGUAGAGGAGUAAGAGGAGGAGGCUUAGGAAUCUCUUCUCGCUUCCUCGUUCCUCUUUUCCUCGUUCUUCCGAGGAAAUCUCGCUAA